CGCAAGUCUGGAAGAGGGAUGAACAAGAAUGCCAUUCCUGAGAUGAUUGAAUGGGUCAACAAGCUGGGCUACGAGCCCGCCGAUUUCGACAGACUGAAGGCCGUCCACGUCGCCGGAACAAAGGGAAAGGGCUCGACCAGCUCCUUCGUCUCAUCCAUCCUUGGACAGUAUGUCGCAGAAGGCAAAGUCAACAAGACGGGCCUCUACACCUCACCCCACCUACGCUUCGUACGCGAACGCAUCCAGAUCGACAACAAGCCCUUGACGGAAGAGCAAUUUGCCAAAUACUUCUUUGAGACUUGGAACAGACUCGAGGCUGCCGCCAAAGCUGCUGGUCAUCCCGAUCCCUCGAGCAAGGAGACCAAGCCUGUCUACUUCCGCUUCCUUACCUUGAUGGCCCUCCACACAUACAUCAGCGAAGGUGUGGAUGCUGCUGUCAUUGAGUGCGGUAUUGGAGGCGAGUUCGACAGCACAAACAUCUUGGUCAAGCCCAGCGUUACUGCUGUGACAAGCUUGGGCAUCGACCAUGUCGCCAUGCUGGGUGACACAAUCGACUCGAUUGCCUGGCACAAGGCCGGUGUCUUCAAACCCGGCGUCCCUGCCUUCUCAGCCCCUCAACCCGAGGAAGCCGUCCGCGUUUUGCACGAGCGUGCAGCUGAACGCAACACUACACUCGAAGUCGUCAACACCCAUCCCGAACUCGAGAAGAUCAAGCUCGGCCUCGCUGCAGACUUCCAAAAGACAAACGCUUCAGUCGCCAUUGCUGCCGCUGGAGCAUACCUGCGUCAAGUCGGCGUCGAAGAUCUACCCACCUCCACAUACCUGCCCUCCGCCUUCCGCGCAGGCCUCGAACAAGUCCACCUCGGCGGCCGCUGCGAAACACGCACAGACACCGUGGCCCAAAAUCUAAAAUGGCACAUCGAUGGCGGCCACACACUCGAAAGCAUCGAAUUAGCCGCCCGCUGGUUCGGCAGUUUAAUCUCGACCUCAUCAUCCUCCCCGCGCAUCUUGAUCUUCAACCAACAAACCCGCGACGCCUCUUCAUUGGCCUUGAAACUCCACUCCACUCUCGCCCAAGCACUCAAAGAGCAGAAACCCUUCUCACAUGCCUUUUUCUGCACGAAUACUACAUAUGCUGAGAGCGGGUUCCGUCCCGAUUUGACCAGUAUCAACACCAAUGCUAGUGAUGUGGAGACAUUGAGCGUGCAGAAUGCUCUGGCGGAGACUUGGAAAGGUGUGGAUGGGACUUGUGAUGUUAGGGUGUUGAGGACAGUUGAAGAGGCUGUCAAGGCCGCCAGAGAGGUUGCAGGUGAGGCAGAGGAGGAGGUCAUGGUGCUUGCUACUGGUAGUUUGCAUUUGGUCGGUGGUGUUGUCGAGGUGCUCGAGGGUGGAAACGCUUAGUUUCUUCGACAUUUGGGCAAUACCAGUUUUUAUCAUUGCUUGUAUCUCUAGCAUUCGAAGAUCUUGCAUCGUCUAACCGUCGCUUUGUUUACACUGCAGAUGGUCAUCUGGUCUACAUCAUCCAUCCUCCAUCUCCGAAUCCCUCCCCCUCCAACCCAUCAACCUGUCUACUCAACCAAGCACUAGGAUUGACCCACCAAUCAAACUCCUCCAGCCCUUCAAGCCCUUCAAGCCCUUCGAGCCCUUGUGAUAGAUCCUCUCCUUGCUCCAUGUCCCUUGGUAUAAACAUCUCAUGUGUCGAACGAGUAGUAAUUUCCUUUUCCACAGCUAUCUCACGUUCGAGAUUUUGCAGCGAAUGUACAGCUUGUGAAGAUACAGCAAUACUCCGU